ACUGCGAGAGAGCGCUGUAAAUAACGAUCAUAAUAAUAAUGGCGGAACUUCCAUCGCCUACAGAGGUUGCUGGAAACCAUGUUGCCUUAUAUGAGGCUCUGUACCAGCAGGUUGAUCCAGCGGGAAUAGGCUGCGUGGGAGCUGUAGAAGCUGCUGAGUUUUUGAAGAAGUCUGGCCUAUCUGAUGCUGUAUUAGGAAAGAUAUGGGACUUCUCUGAUCCAAAUGGAAAAGGUUAUCUUGAUAAAAAAGGACUUUUUGUAAGCUUGAAACUAAUUGCUCUAGUUCAAAAUGGGCAAAAUGUUGAUAUGGCAAAUAUCAAACAACAAGUGCCUCCUCCAGAUCUGGGUCCUACAUCUUUAAAUAGAAAAAUGUCUACAGUAAUUGACUGGUCUAUAAAGCCAUCAGAACGCAAAAAGUAUGAAGAAAUGUUUAAUUCAUUGAAACCAACCAAUGACAAGCUACCUGGGAGUAAAGUAAAACCUAUUAUGUUGAAUUCCAAACUUCCACUUGAAACACUAGGCAAGAUAUGGGAGCUAAGUGAUAUUGACCAAGAUGGCUUCCUGGAUAGAGAUGAAUUUAUCCUUGCAAUGCAUUUGGUUUACAAAGCUCUUGAAAAUGUCCCAAUUCCUUCAGAAUUACCCCCUGAUCUGAUCCCUGUGUCUAAAAGAAAAUCAUCUCUCGCUGGUGCAAUUCCAGUGUUACCAGACCUUUUACCUGGAAUGGAUGGAGGUUUCAGUGGUCAUAGGUCAAGUACACCUACCAUGGAUUUAACUGCUAAAAAUAUUCACAAUACAACUGCAGUACCAUGGGUAGUGACUGCCACAGAUAAGGCAAAGUAUGAUGAAAUUUUUCACAAACUUGACCAAGAUCAAGAUGGUUUUGUUACAGGUCCAGAUGUCAAAGAUACAUUCAUUCAGUCAGGUCUUUUUCAGAAUACUCUAGCUUACAUCUGGUGUUUAUGUGAUGUGAAGGAAAAUGGAAAACUUAACUCUGAACAAUUUGCACUGGCAUUGUAUCUGAUUAAUUUAAAACUUCAGGGUGGUGACAUUCCUUCAAAACUUACUCCAGACAUGAUACCUCCAUCACUAAGACCAAAACCAACUAAUGACUCGUUUAGUUUGCAGGAUGGGCUGACAGUUGUUUCUAGUAGUAUGGCAUCUGCUAGCAGCAAAGAACUAGAUAUGAUGAACACCGAAGUCAAAGAGUUACAGAAAGAAAAAAUACAGUUAGAACAAGAUAUAGCACAGAAGGAAGCUGACAUGAAAAUUCGCAGUGGUGAACUAAAAACUCUUCAGAAUGAAGCAGAGGCUCUUUCGGCCAUGUUAAAGCAACUGGAAGUUCAGAAAAGGGAAGCUCAGAAACGGUUGGAUGAUCUAGAUAAUCAGAAAACGUCUGUAGAAAAUAGUUUAUCAGACCUGAAGCAGAAAGUAGAAGAGGAUGCACAACAGGUGGGAAGCUUGAAAAAGCAAGUAGAAGACCAGAAAAAAGUUUUAAAGGAUCAAGAGGAAACACUCAAUAAGAAAAGGUGUGAGUUAAAUGAACUGAGACAAGAAGAAGCACAGUUAGAACAGCGAGUGGAGUCAAAAAGAAGUGAAUUGGAAGUACUGACUCAAACUUUACAAAAAGCUCAGACUCAAGUUUCACAGACCAAAGAGAAAGUUAUCCAGCUUCAAGAUCAGCAAACCAAAAUGCAAGAAGCAUUAGAGCAGUUUGAUUCUGCUGUCAGUACUGAUAACUUGGCUGACAUCAUUGAAUCCUCAUUACAGACGUUUACUCCAACCAGCUUUGAAUCAGAAUAUCAGAAGUUGUCAAACACAGAUGAUCCAUUUAAAGCUAAGGACCCUUUCAGUGAGGUCAAUGGAUUUACUGAUCAAGUCAAUGGAUAUACUGAUCAAGAUUCAGUUAAUUAUGAAGAUACUUUCAAAGGAGAUCCUCUUAAAUGUGAUGGAACAACAAGUAAAGGAUUUGCAGAUCCAUUUGGCUGGGAUCCAUUUAAUGAUGGACUUAAAAAUCACCCACCUGAGCAGAAACAAAAUCCUUCUGAUCAAGAACAAAAAGUAAAUGUGGUUGAUCCUUUUCAAAGUACUGAUCCAUUUGGUAGUUUUCCAGCAACUUCUUCUGUGUCUGUGACACCUGAUCCAUUCAGUGCUGGAGGUGCCAAUCAAGUUUCAUCUGGUUCUGAUUUAAAGGUUAGCAAGUUUCCAUCUGAUCCAUUUGGAACCGAUCCAUUCAAUCCCACCCGAGUUGCACCUCCUCGGCCAGAAAGUCCUACCCCAGCACUCCCACCUAAGAAAAGUAAAGCCCCACCUCCAAGACCUGCUCCACCAAAACAUUUUGGUGGAGGAGGAAAAUCAGGUCCAACUCGAGCAGCGCCUGCCCCACCGCUACCACCUUCUGUACAUGACCCUUUCAUAGCUGGUUCAGCAAAGUCUUUUUCAUCCAACUCUACCAAAAUACCCGUACAGACUUUUCAAAUAAAAGCAUCUUCUCAAGAUGCUUUUGAAUCUGCUUUUGAAAGCAGUCAAUUAUCAGAAAGAUCUAAUGGUGGUGGCCAAGGUGGUUUUGAUCCUUUUGGAACAUCAGGAAUAAAUGAUCCUUUUGCAUCUUCAAAUUUCUCCCACCAGGACUUUGCCAACUUUUCAGAUUUCGAAAAGUUGAACUAAUCUUAUUUGCUGUGCACACUUUAAAUAAGCAAAAGGUAUAUAAAGGUGGUAUUCAAAGGGAGUGCACGUAUCACCAUCUUUUUUCUUAGUUGUUGUUAUUACUGAUUUAUUUUGUCAUUUGCAUUAGCAUCCUGUGUAUUGCAUGAAAUUCUCAACUCAUUUUAAUAAUCAAGUCAUUGGUGCAAUCAAGAUACUUACAUAACAUUUAUAACUUACAUAAUAUUUAUAACUUCAUUAAAUGUAAUAGAUAUGGUGAUAAGUAUGCAACAUUUUUACAACUGUGUAUGAAUGUAUUGUAAUUUAUGUUAAUACUGAAUUUUUCUUUAUCUCAUUUCCACUUACUAAACAGUUAUUACUUCUUGUGUAACUGUAGUAUAAAAAUUUCCCUUUUGUUGUAAAAUAUCUGUAUAUUGUCGAAUAUUGCAAUGUUAACUUUGGGUUUUUUGUUAAGCAUAUUUACACUUUUUAUAAGAACCAUUACAUGUUGUGUUUUAUUUUUAUAUGGUUUGAUUCAGGUGUUUUUUGGACAUAUAAUGACUUAUUGUGGAUCUGAGUUUUUAUUAGUAUUAUUCAUUUCUAAAAUGUGUAAUUUUUGUUUCUCUUGCACGGGUCUUAUUUUUAAUGGGUUACCAAGCAAUACACAUUUAGACAUCCCUUGGACAAUUUUCUAAUUAAAAAUAAUAGAGAUUUAAAUUCCUCAUAGAACUCUUUGUUGCCUUUAUUAAUGUGCUUAUUCCUGUUGAGAAUAAUAAUUAGAUUAAUAAACAAAUAUCAAUAUUCGUUUUGUUUUUAAAGUUUAAAGUGAUAUAAUUUUUUCUUUAAUAAAUCUUUAUGGAAUAUGAAGUAAGUAAUAAAACAUUAAUGUAAUUGUUACUGGACCUUUAUCAUCUGUUACUUCAGUCUUUGAAGAGUGUUAAUACAUCAAGUGCUUUAAGAAAAUAUAAUCAUGGCAGUUUACUCUUAAGGAAGUUGAAUAGUUAUGUGUAUUAAACAGAAAAUACCCCUCAAAAUCAUAAAUCAUUUGGGUCAUUUACUAGUUUUAUAGUAGAUAUUGUGCCAAAUACGUUUUUAGUGUGGGCAUUACCUGGCUAGCAUGACUACUGCGAAGAGGAAAUUUGAUUAUAAUGAGGUUGAGAGAAUUGUAUAUCUUUCCUCCUGGAAGUAUAUACUUAACAAAAGAAAGGAAAAAUAAACACGUGGCUACAAGAUAAUUGUUGAAAAAAUUGUCUUUAAAGUUACCCUACCUCUUGUGUGUCUAAUAAGGUUCCGAACGUUAGAUGCAUAUGUGUGCAUGAAUGUGUUAAAAAUGAGUAUAGGUUUAUUACACAUUUUACUACACAACAUCUUGAGUGAGUGCUCUUCAGUAGUUAUACGACUUACGUAAAAAAAGUGUUAUAUUCUUAAUAUUUCUUGCUAAGCACACACUUAAUGUACGUGUAGUUAAAAUAAACAAACAGCAUUUUUUUGUUUCCAGUAGAAAAGAAUUAUGCUUAACAAAAAAUCAGUGUGUGUGUAACUUAUUAUUUUGGUUUAAACCUUUAAGCGCAUGUUUCAAAAUGUGGUUGAUGGAAGUAUGUUUAAUUUGCCCAAGUUAUACUUUGGAAAGAUUUUUUUUACAUUUUAAGUAUUGUAUUAAUAGCUCUUUUUUUUGAAAUACCAUUAACAAAUAGUAGAAUUAUUUACAAUUACAUGACAGAAAAUGUUGGAUGUCUCCCUUAUGUUGACUGCAGACUGUAUUAAAAGCACUCAAAGUUACAUUAUACCUUAAAACACUGUACCUCUCCGAGGCUUUAGAGCCAUUUUUGCUUUACAAUACGACUUGUAACUAAGUGAUACUUUCAGGUGGUGGUUGAAAACUUUGCAUGUGGUUUACUACUAAUUCUGUCUUUCAAAAAAAUGUUUGAUGAUGCAUGUCUUUAUGAGAAUAAGAAAACUAGUUGUAAUUAGAUUUCACCAUCUCAAGUAAGUUAAUAAAGUUUGUUCCUCAUAACUUGCAGUUAUUGGGUAUGCCAUAAGCUCAUUUGUGUUAAAAGCAAUACAUUCAUAUUUAGAAUUCCACUGAUUUUUGCCUUCCUAGUAGAUUUAGGCAUUACGGUUGCCUAACUUCACCACAUUGAUAAAAAGAACUGCUACAAUCAUUUAAAACAAAUCAGUAAUGUGAAGUUCAUGAUUCCAUAAUAUCUGAAGUUUUAAAACUUGAAAUCAAUUUAUUCAUUAUAAUAAAGCUUCCUACUAUUUCAAUUUCAUACAACCAAUUGUAAGAGAAUAACUAUUUUUAAUUUGAAAAUUGGUGGCAUUAUUAUUGUAAUGAAUUUUUAAUACUUAAAUUCUUAUCAACCAAAUACAAAAAAAUAAACUUGGAUGUCAUGUGAAAUCGUAAUCAUUUGAAAUUGUUAUCUGCAUGACAAUCAGUUAACCUCUUACAGUACAUAUUAUGUAAACAACUGAAUCGUGAAAGGCCAAAAGAUUGCCCGACUUAUAAACAUUGCCUCUGUUAAAAUGAUAACCCCUUACAGUACAUAUUAUGUAAACAACUGAAUCGUGAAAGGCCAAAAGAUUGCCCGACUUAUAAACAUUGCCUCUGUUAAAAUGAUAACCCCUUACAGUACAUAUUAUGUAAACAACUGAAUCAUGAAAGGCUAAGAGAUUGCCUGACAUAUAAACAUUGUCUUUGUUAAAAUGAAUAAUGUAUACAGGUGUGAAUGUCUUAAACAUUUUAUGUGACUACUUAGUAAGGUGCACGGUGGGUAUGAUUUUUAAAGCUGUUUUAUAGUAAUAAUAAUAAACAUGUACUUUAUUUAAUAUUUAUAAUUUGGUAUAAAAUUUCCAUGCCAGUACUUGGUACUGCCGCUAAAAUUAUUUGUUAUAACCGUGUGCUGAUUGAAAUUCACCUCUGGAUAUAUACUAUUAUACAUAUGCAUAUGUACAGAAGAUAGGACAUGUUUUUUUGUGUAGCAGUAGUGUUAAUCAGUAAGUGCUGGUUCUCAUUGAAUUUCAAGAUAUGUUUAGAAGUUCUUCAUUAUCAUGUAUAAACUGGUUUGUCACAAGUGACACUAUUAGUGAUUGGCUUAACAACUUCUAAUCUUUUACGAGUCUUGUGUGAGUAUCACAAGUUUGAGGUUUCUAAUUAUAUAUGUGAUUAUGAAUAUUGAAACAAGAAAGUAAAAAAAUAAUAAUUCAUUAUAGUCACUUUCAAACACAGACUACUUGGUUAAUGCAAAUUAUUAAGUCCAGAAAAUCAUAUAAUUUCAAUAAAAAAUAUUGUUUGCUCUUAGUGACUCGUAUGCAGAGCAAGCGGUUUUGAACCUGAUUCUUUUUGCUUCACUAUUUAUCCAAAUCUCAUAUAAAUAUACAAGUUUUCUGAUUUCAUUUCUUCUUGGGAACUUGGAUUCACAUUGUUACUAAAGAAAAUCACAUUUCGUAGUAUUUCUGGCUGAAUGUUGAGAAAAAGUUCAAAGCUUCAAGGAGUAAAACUUAGCUUUAUUGUGUAAUAUUUUUAUAAACUAGUAGCUCACAUUCCAUUUUAUUUUUGUUGUUCGUGAUUUUAACCUUCCAAAGAUCAUUUUGUAUAGGAGCGACUUGUUUUGCAUUGUUUACUUAUGUUUAAGGUUUUCAUUUUAAUUGUUGUUAUACAUGUUAUUUAAUUAUGUGGUUGAUUUUAAUUUUAUAGCCUAAGUGAUUAUUGUUUUUACAAGUAGUUGAUACUUUUUACUAAUUUGAGAUAAAUGACAUUCCACUCUCUGAUUUGUGUUCAUUUACUGGUGUGUGUAUAUAUAUUGGUAUGGAUGUUAUUGAUCAGGUUAAGACAAAGACAAUACAUGUACCAGAGAGAGAAAAUUGAUUCCACUCAAUCUCUCCGAAAGGCUCAGUUUUCUUUCGUUUAUGU